GCUCUUAGGGGUGUUAUCGUCCAUAUUUGUUUACCUUUUUGAGAAGACAAGUCGCAUUAGCGAGUUAAUAUAUUUAGAUUCUAUAUGACAUAGAAAAUUUAGAGGAUAUGGAUUUUACAAUGGAUUAAUGAACCUUUCUCCAUUACAGUCGUCUUUUUAGAAAUAGACUCGCUGAGUCACAUCGAAAUAAUCAACAGAUUUUUUUGUUGAGCACAUGUCAGCAUUUCAGCAAGGUGAAGCUUCGUCCGAUCAUUGACAGUGGGGGAACAGUUGUUCCGUCAUCGUCCUCUACCUAUUAAUCCCUCCACAUUGAUUUCAUAGUUGAUUGAGACAUUUUCAGAACUAUCACAAUGGGAAACUCGUCUUCGUCCUCUUCUCGUAGUAGACAUAUUUCAGGCGAUGAAACGGGUCCCUCGCUCACCGCUGGAAGGUUUUUGUCGGACUCCAAUAGCAGUCAAGAUCCUUUCGACAGCCUUCUAAAAUCUGGAUACAGGAGACAAAGGGCAGCAACAACACAAAGCCAGGGAGACACAUCUAUCAUGAAACCAAAACUUCUCCCAACAGUCUUUAAAUGGGAAGGGGGAGGCAAAGAUGUCUAUGUUACAGGUUCCUUUAAUAAUUGGCAGUCCAAAAUACCACUUGUUAAGAGCAGUCAUGAUGGUGAAUUUCUCACCAUAAUUGAUCUACCUGAAGGGGAUUACCAAUAUAGAUUUUGUGUUGAUGGCAACAUGUGUGUUGACCCCAAUGAGCCAACUGUAACCAAUGACAAAGGCACUCAGAAUAAUGUGAUUUCUGUGAAGAAGUCGGACUUUGAGGUGUUUGAGGCACUUGCCCUGGACAGUUUAAACACAAACAGCAACAAGAAAGGAUUAGACACGCCUGGUUCACCGUCCGGCGAGUACUGUCAAGAUGUCCCUCCCAGAAAGCCGGGGGAGAAACACAGUGGGCCCCCCAUUCUACCUCCACACCUUCUACAAGUGAUACUUAACAAAGAUACUCCAGCACAUUGCGAGCCAACUUUACUACCAGAGCCAAAUCAUGUGAUGCUAAAUCAUUUGUACGCCUUAUCAAUAAAGGAUGGUGUAAUGGUUCUUAGUGCCACACACAGAUUUAGAAAGAAAUAUGUUACGACCCUUCUGUAUAAACCUAUAUAGGAUUUAUUAGACUUAUAGGCAUAUUUUAUCAAAUUAUUGAGUAGAUAGUGUUUUAACUUUAUUUGUUCUAUCUCUUAAUGUAAUGACUGAUUCAUUCAAUCACAGAUUCAGAACAAAUAUGAAUAAUUCUAGUCUAUCAGAUGUGGAUCUUUUUUCCCCUUGUGUCAUGUUUAGCUCCCAUCAGCAGAAAUUUGUGUUAUCAAUUGUGACUAGGCUGCAUCUUAAUGUUAUACACCCAACACAGAGAAUCGUUUUAGUUUGGGUCAUUACUUAAAAAUUUUCUUAAGCUCUGACAAUGAUGUAAAACAUUAUGUAAUCUUACUUAGUAACAGAAAUAUUUUUUUCUUAUUGAAACGUCAUAUGUGACCCAUAGUGAUAAGGCAUUCCAUGUUUAUUUAUGAAUAACUAAAACUAAACGAUAGAGAAUUGACAUCUUGGAUAAAAUAUGGAAUAAAAUGAUGCCCACAGUAGUGUGGUAUUAUCCUAAUUGUUAUAAUGAUUUCUCAAUCUUUUUUUCUGCAAACUGUGCUCUUUGUAUGCACACAUUAGAAUUUUUUAUCACUUCCACCAAUGUCCAGUUUCAAUUUUCCUUUUACCCACUGAGGCUUUAGGUUUUCUUUUUAUAUCAUUGUCAUUUCAUGAGUGCUGUAACUUUGCCAGAGAAAAGAAGAGAACGUGCUAAGUAUUUGGUUUGAUAUUAUUGAACAGGCAAAGUAAACUAACAUUAAACAAACAUGAAGGAAACCUGCAUAUUUUUUAAGUAUACUGAGCCUGCUUAAAAAUAAAACAUUAAAAAAAAUGAUUAUCAGUGAGAUCAGAUAAUUUUUAAGUUAUUUAAAUUUUGUAUAUUAAAGAUGAUUGUUCUGAUAUGUACAAUGUAGAUGUAGAUAUUGGAGAUGCCUUGGCAAUACUUUAUAUAUGUAUAAAUCUGAAAUGAAAUGUAUUUUGCAUUUAGUAAGUAUUGAAGGCUUGAUGCAUUUUAGAAAAUAGAUUUUACACCUGAAAAAUUAGAUACCAUGGUAAAAUUUCAUUUUCAUUUUUUUUAAACCAAAGGUAAAAUGAAAUUAGAAAAAAAAAUAUUUUGAUUAAAUAUCUGAUACAUGUAUACCUGAUAUUAAAAGUAAUGAUUGGUAGUUUGAGAUUAAGUGAUUUUUCUUGCUUGUUAUAAACAUGGGUGAUCUGGUCCUUGUUAUUGUUUUGUUGGUUUGUCUGUUAGUUUUGUUGUGGGUGUAGGUCACAUGAGACAAAGCUUAGCCAUGCAUUGCUUAAAGUUUGGACUAAAGUUGCUGGUUGAUUGUGUUAGUAACCUAGUGAGAAAUUAGUUCAGUUAUAAGAAUAAAUUGAUUGGCAACCUAUAUAUAAUCACCUGCACAGAUAUGAGAGAAGUUAACUUUGAUGUUUGUUUCAUGUACUGGUAAGAGUCAAACGUGAAUGACAGUGGUUAUAGUUAGGAUAACAAACUUGUAGAUGUUUCUCAUUUGGUAGUUUGGUGAAAUACAGAGAAAAAAAAACUGUUAAAAAAGGGUCUUAAAACAAUUAAAGAAAAGGUCAUUUCUAAUUUUGAUGUUUUUCUGAAAUAUUACAAAGUAUUUGAUCAUAAUGGGAAAACUACAGUACUUGCUUUGGAUAUUUCUAUAUUUUGUCAAAAUUCCUGUGCUCUUCAAAUCUACUUGUAUGAUCUGCUCCUAGAUUAAAAGGGUGUGUGCUUUUUUUGAAGGGGGAUCUUCAAAUUAUAAUAUUGGGAAAUUCAGUGGUUGAAGUUUUUCAGUUUUAGGCAUCAUUUUUCUUCCAUUGCUGACCAUUCCUUAAGAGAGACAUUCUGUGUCAUAAAAGAGGUUGUGAAUUGAGGAAUAUGGAAGAAACAUCAUAGCAUUUUACUUGUAAAAUGACACUGUUUUUAAUUUUGUGCAUGGGUUUUACAUAAAAUAAAAUCUCAGGUGUUUACACUUUUAGCACCAGAACUUUUUUGGUAAUCACUGUCUAGGAGAGUCUUGAUAUAUUGAGUAUAUGGCUGUGCCAGAACCCACUUGAAUGAAAUAUUUUGGGUUUUCCCCCAGCAGAUAUAUGCAUGUAUGUUUUGUUUUAGGAAGAUGAGUGGAAAAUGUGUGUCAAGUCUGGGGUAUGUCAGUGAUACCCUUACAUUUUUGUGGUUUUUGUGAAGACUUUCUCUGUGGAGGUGCCCAUUCUUAGUGGUAACCAGAACGAAUAUUUAAUGUAUUAUUGUGCAAUGAGUUAGGGAUAUCAGUAUUCCUAGGCAUGGUUUAACCAUGAUAGGGACUGAUAUGUAAAGAGAAUGUAAGAUAGCAUACAAUAUUUUUAAUAUUUUAUUGCUGUUUUGUGGAAUAUAAUUUUUACACAUUAUCUGUAUUUUCAUGGAACUUAUUUGAUUUGCAAAUAGAUAAUAUUUUAAGAAUUAAGAUGUUGCAAUAAAUGACAAAUGUAUCUUCAAGCUUCUUGCACAUAUCAUGAUUGAUAUCAUGAAAUUGGAAUAUAUCAUUAAAUCAAGAAAAUAAUGUUCUUAAAUGCAUAUUUCUGCUCUUACAAUUGUUCACUGUUAGUUAAUAUGAAGUGUACAACAGUUGAAAAUGUAUAUGCAUAGUAUAUAAUAUUGACAAUUUUAUCAUAAUGAUCACAUUAAAGGGCAGAAGAUAAUAA